AUGGACGAACAGAGCAUCAGGUCAUCGCAGCGCGUAUCUCGGUCGUGCAUCGAGUGUAGCCGAAGGAAGAUCAAGUGCGACAAGAAGAUCCCGUGCAAGCCAUGUGUGCGCCGGAAUCUUGCUCACGAGUGCCAGCGGCCCAUCACCCGCGUACGGGGUAUGCUUACAGUGUACGUCCAGGCUUCAACACCGCGUCGUGGAACUGUCCAUGUGAACGAACGAUGCGCCUUACAAGCACAAAUUGCAGAGCUGGAGACAGCCUUAGCUCUUUCCAAACCAUGUGGACAUACUCAUGGCGGCAAACCAGAAAUUCACCGACCGGGUCAACCGCCAAUUCCCGCUUUCGAAGAGCUUGUACCUGCUCUCGAGCAAUUCGAUCUCCAAGUGUCGCACGACUCGGAUCCUGUCGCCAUGUCGGAAAAAGACAUGGCCGACCGUCUCUACGAACCCUCGACCGACCCCGUUUUCCUCCUGCUACCCUCUAGAGAGAUCAGCGAGCAGCUAGUGACGUUCUCACUGCGCACUCUGGGCUGGUUGCAUGGUGCUGUCAACGCACCCGAAUUUGUUACGGAGCACGAAGAGUUUUGGAACAAGAUACACAGCGGCGUUGCCCUCGAUGUCAAAGAUCGACCGUGGCUGGCGUUAUACUUUGCUCUUCUGGCGACAGGUCUACUCUAUCUCGACCCGGAAGAUGUGCCUGCCAUUUCAGAUUUGCCACAGCUGAAUCUUCAUCAGUAUCAGCAGCAUGACGAGUUAAGGUAUGCUGUGCAUACGUCGCGUCUCUGGUACGAAGUUGCGCUCAAGGAGGUUGAACGUUAUGGUUGCUCUGGAUUGCCUUCUUUGCGGAUUGUUCAAGCGUUGUCGGUCCUGACUCUUUGCCACUCUAAUUACGGCGAACCCCAGCGAGAAUGGCUAUUUACUGGGUGGGCUGCCAGCAUCGCGCGUUGCCUAGACAUGCAUCGUCUGGGCAGUGAAAUUGCUCACUCGCGCAACGUCGGCGUCAGACCAGAGUGGUCGUCUUUCGAGAAGCGCGAGCUCGGUCGUCGCGUGUGGUGGACGUAUGUUAUUCGAGACUGGCUGGGAAGUUGGUCUCGUCCGCCAUCCAUCACACCCGCUAGUUUCUGCUGCAAGUUUUCGACUGAAAAUGAAGCCAAUCACGAUGCGAUCCUUGAAACUCCAACACACACUUCCAGCCCGUCGCCUUUAGUUUACCAAUCCGUCAUGUGUCGCCUGUCCUACAUUUUCUACAUUUAUAUCAAAGUCAACACUCACCAAAAUGCUUCCAAGUUCAUCAAAGCACUGGAGGAAAUUGAGAUCGUCAAACGAAAUCUACCCCUACAUUUGUCGACAAAGUUUCCGGCAAAUAUCGACGAUGAGGAGUGGGAGGCGACACAUCCCUGGAUCACAUUUCAACGUUAUCUCAUUAACCACAGCAUAGAUUUCAUGAUGCUUAGCAUUGCACGCACUUUGGCCAUGGGCAACAUUGGCAGCGAAACAACUCGGUAUCGUGAUGCAGCCAUGGCAGCAGCUACGAACAUCAUUCACAGCUACCUGUCUCCAGUUGCCCGAGUAUAUAAGCUUGUGUGGACAGUUUCCGCUUCGACCGUGGCCGCUGCGGUCUACACCUCACUGGAUAUCCUGAUGAACCCACAAGAUUACACAUCUCAGAAGCGACAGGAGCACAUCGCAGUGCUAAAGCAAGUCAUUCAAGAACUGGGCAAAUAUUCUCACGUCGCAAUUCAUGCCGCAAAGGGCUCAGCUACGAUUCAGAAGCUCAUCUCUCGUUUGGAGCAAGACUUUUCCAUGUCUCAUCUUUCGGUCCACGACAUUCUUCGCCAUCUGACGACUCAGGAAAUGCCGUCCACCUCUGCUGGAGGAGUCGCAAAUGGUUAUGUCUUGCCUGCUCAAAGUAUGCCGGUUCCUGUAGAUGGCUGGAACGAAAUGAUGGUUGGACAUAACAUGAAUAUCCCACAGAUGGACCAAGGACACAUUGAUGGUUUGCUGGGUCCAUCAGAUACGUGGAACAGCUUUAUGGAGUUCCCGACGUUCCAGCCGCAGUCUCAGCACCAACAUCACCACCAACAUUAUGCGGGAUGA